CUCUCCACUUCACCCACUCGUGGGGCAUCUGCCUCCCACAGCAGUGGUGCUGCCUCAGGGCUGCUCUCUGAAGGGCUGCAGAAAGACUAUAUCCACUGGGAUCUCACUGUUUUCCACGGAUUAAUGCCCAAGCACAGCGUUCACAUCAUUCCUGGGGCUCUGGAGGCAAUUCAGUUCAGAUCCAGAUUUAUGGAUGGAAUUAAAGGAAGGUGAGAAUAUACUCCCAGCUGUGUUCUUCUGAGGGCUGUGCAGCUCCUGUGCUGACUGCAACAGCCUCAAUCCCUGUGUGACUGUCACUUAAAGCGCUCUUUGCACCAGCACCUCACCUUAAAUUGGAAAAUUUCACACCCCUGUGACACUACCAGGCAUCCCUCUGAGGGAUGAGUGGAAAUGCCUGAAGAUUGAAAAGCAGGCGGGAACAGAGAACCAAAGAGCCCUGACAAUACCGUGCUUCUCCAGAGCUUAAGAUAUUUUCAAAGUGCCCCUCGGCUCCUGAGCUCAGGCUCCUGAGAUGUCUCUGAGAGCAGAAAGCCAUGCAGCCACAUCCACGCUGAAGAAGCUCGCUGCAGACAUGAGCAACAUCAUCGAGAGCCUGGACACCAGGGAGCUCCAUGUGGAGGGGGAGGAGGUGGACUCGGAGGUGCUCACUGACCCCAAAGGCACCGUGUGCAUUCCCUUCUCUGCCAUCUAUCACACCCAUGGGUUCAAGGAGCCGGGCACGCAGACGUACCUCACGGGAUGUCCUGUCCGAGUGCGUGUGUUGGAAGUUGAACGCUUUACUUCCACUAAGAAGGUACCAAGCCCCAACGUUUACACCAUCGAGCUGAGCCAUGGAGAGUUCGUCUGGCAGGUGAAAAGGAAGUUCAAGCACUUCCAGGAGUUUCACAGGGAGCUGCUGAGGUACAAAGCCUUCGUGCGCAUCCCUAUCCCCACCAGGAGUCACACGGUGAGRAGACAAUCCAUCAAAAGGGGAGAGCAGAGGCAGAUGCCAAGUCUGCCACACACUGCAGAGAGCACKGUGCGGGAGGAGCACUUCUCUAGCAGGAGGAAACAGCUGGAGGACUACUUGACAAAUAUCCUGAAAAUGCCAAUGUACAGGAACUACCAUGGAACAAUGGAGUUUGUUGGAGUAAGCCAGCUGUCAUUCAUCCACGACCUGGGACCGAAGGGCAUAGAAGGGUUCAUCAUGAAACGCUCCGGGGGCCAUCGCAUUCCUGGYCUGAACUGCUGCGGCCAAGGGAGGAUGUGCUACCGCUGGUCCAAAAGGUGGCUGGUGGUGAAGGACUCGUUCCUGAUGUACAUGAAGCCUGAUUCAGGGGCCAUUUCUUUYGUCCUGCUGGUGGAUAAGGAAUUCAACAUCAAGAUAGGCCAGAAAGAAACAGAAACUAAAUACGGUUUGCAGAUUGACAAUCUCUCCAGGUCGCUGAUUCUGAAGUGUAACAGCUACAGACAUGCCCAGUGGUGGAGGCAGGGCAUAGACGAGUUCAUCCGCAAACACGGCAAGGACUUUCUGACGGAGCAUCGCUUCGGCUCCUACGCGGCCGUGCAGGAGAACACCCUGGCCAAGUGGUAUGUCAAUGCCAAGUGGUACUUUGAAGAYGUCGCAAAUGCCAUGGAAGCCGCCAAGGAGGAGAUUUUCAUCACAGAUUGGUGGCUGAGCCCAGAAAUCUUCAUGAAGCGACCGGUGGUGGARGGGAAUCGCUGGCGGCUGGACUGCAUCCUCAAGAGGAAAGCACAACAAGGAGURAGAAUUUUUGUUAUGCUCUACAAAGAGGUGGAGCUUGCCCUGGGGAUCAACAGUGAAUACAGCAAGCGGACACUCAUGCAYCUGCAUCCAAACAUCAAGGUGAUGAGGCACCCAGACCACGUGUCCUCCUCUGUGUACCUGUGGGCCCACCACGAGAAGCUGGUGAUUGUKGACCAGUCCGUGGCGUUCGUGGGUGGCAUCGACCUGGCGUACGGGCGCUGGGACGACGACGAGCACCGCCUGACCGACGUGGGCAGCGUCAAACGUGCCACUGCCAUCAAAUCCGUGUCCACAGCCAACCUGGCAUCUGCAGCGGAGUCGUCUGAACGUGUCCCACUGCAGCCUCAAGCUCUGACGCCAGAGAGCCACCUGUUCGAGAGAAAUGCUGAUGAUGCCCCAGACACAUCAAAAAUGAAAGGAGUAGGAAAACCCAAAAAGUUUUCAAGGUUCAGUAUUUACAAGCACCUGCACAAGCACGGCAUGCACCAUGCUGACAGCGUCAGCAGCAUCGACAGUGAGUCAAGUUACUCUACCCCCACUAGGAGCCAGCCGAAUAUAAUCCAGAGUUUAAGGCCCCAUCUGAAAAUGUUCCAUCACCACAGUGAAUCCAAACAGGGGCUCACUGAGCCUCGGGAGGAUAAAGGAUCCAUCCGCAGCCUGAAGACGGGUGUUGGAGAGCUGCUUGGGGAAACCAGRUUCUGGCAUGGGAAAGACUACUGCAACUUUGUCUUUAAAGACUGGGUUCAACUCGACAAGCCUUUUGCUGACUUCAUUGACAGAUACACCACACCAAGGAUGCCCUGGCACGACAUCUCCUCGGUGGUGCACGGCAGAGCCGCGCGUGACAUCGCCCGGCACUUCAUCCAACGCUGGAACUUCACCAAGAUUAUGAAACCCAAAUACCGGUCCCUGUCCUACCCRUUCCUGUUGCCAAAAUCUCAGCAAACUGCUAAUGAGUUGAAGUAUCAGGUGCCUGAGGCUGUUCCUGCCACAGUCCAGGUGAUCCGCUCUGCUGCUGACUGGUCUGCUGGCAUUAAAUACCACGAGGAGUCCAUCCAYAAAGCCUACAUCAGCGUGAUAGAGAACAGCCAGCACUACAUCUACAUCGAGAACCAGUUUUUUAUUAGCUGUGCUGAUGACAAAGUUGUCUGGAACAAGAUCGGUGAUGCGAUUGCUCAGAGGAUUCUUAAAGCUCACAGGGAAAACAAGCGUUUCCGAGUGUACGUGGUGAUCCCGCUGCUGCCGGGCUUCGAGGGGGACAUUUCGACAGGCGGGGGCAACGCGCUGCAGGCCAUCAUGCACUUCAACUACAGGACCAUGUGCCGAGGGGAAAACUCCAUCCUGGGCCAGCUGAAGGCAGAAGUUGGAGAUAAGUGGAUAAACUACAUAUCAUUUUGUGGACUUCGAACAUACGCAGAGCUGGAAGGAAAACUGGUCACAGAGCUCAUCUAUGUGCACAGCAAACUGCUCAUUGCUGAUGACAACACAGUUAUAAUUGGCUCUGCCAACAUCAACGACCGCAGCAUGCUGGGCAAGCGGGACAGCGAGAUGGCCAUCAUCGUGCAGGACACCGACACCGUGCCCUCCGUCAUGGACAGCCACGAUUACAGCGCUGGCAGAUUCGCCCAGUCCCUGCGGCUGCGCUGCUUCAGGGUUGUCCUUGGCGGCUCCGAUCUCAAUCCGGAACACCAGGAUCCCGUCUGUGACAAAUUCUUCAAGGAAGUGUGGAUUUCCACAGCAGCUCGCAAUGCCACCAUCUUUGAUAAGGUGUUUCGAUGCCUUCCCAGUGACCAGGUGAAUAACUUAACCCAGCUGCGUGAGUUCAUCAACAAGCCCAAAUUAGCAAAUGAUGAUCCUGCCAAAGCAGCAGAAGAAUUGAAAAAGAUUCGUGGGUUUUUAGUACAAUUCCCYUUUCGUUUUCUGGAGGAAGAGUACUUGCUUCCCUCUGUUGGAACAAAGGAGUCCAUGGUACCCAUGGAGGUUUGGACUUAAGAAGAUGCAGACUGCUUUACCUUUUAAAGUCUUGUUCUCAGGAGAGAAGUUAAUGAAAAAUACAGGAUUUUGGAAAGUGAAAGGAGACGAGAGACUUCUCCACCAAGCUAACGUGCCUUUCCUAAGGAUUUUGGUGGAGGAACUUGAGGCAAAUCAACACUAGCAGAGGAGAGGAGCAGAAAGACUUGGAAAUAAUGACAGAYGAGAGGUUUAACCUCUGGAGGAGUUACUUCAGGCAUGUUCUGAGCAUCUCAAGGAUGCAGGCUGCUUCCUAGGACAGGAACUGACUGCCCAUCGAUGUUGUCAGCAGUGCCAGCUGUGUCCUGUGGUUGUGUUCAUACUGUGAUCGUGCUGUGGCUGCACAGGAGUCGUGGGCUGUGUGUGCUGCUUCUCAGGCUUUGGCUCUCUGCCCCUGGGCUCCAUGAUUUCCCCAUCUCACCCCUCCACAUGAGCAGCCCCGCUGCUGUCAGGAAGUGCCAUUUGCUGCUGCCUUGGGCUGUCCUGCAGCUUUCCAAGCAGAGGAGAAGUGUUUCACUUCUUAAAGGAAAAUGGACUAACAAUCCUCUAUCAGAAUCAGCAUUUUGGGCUCUUCAUCCCUUUGGGGAAAAAAAAUCCUAUUGCAGCUGGAGCAAUCAGCAUCCCUCAGGCGUGGCAAAGAGCUGUCUCAGUGGA